GCCCUGCCUCUGUCUGUACCCCUAGGCAGCUGUGGCUACAAUGUAGCUUACCCACCAGUAGUGUGUGAAUGGGUGAAUGACUGAAGUGUGAAGCUCUUUGGAGUGCAGAGGGACUUGAUGAGGUGCUAUUUAAGCCAUUUACCAAUUUGUUGUGAAUUAUAGUUGGUAAACAAAACAACCUGCCAUAUUUUAAAAGAUUUUAUGUGGGGGAAAUAAAGCUUCCAGACUACUAGAAAUAAAACACGCUCCCGAUGACGCUUCAUUUUCUUCUCUUCUCGGCCUUCACCUCACUUCUUCCUGUGGCCUCUUUUCCUGUCACGCUCCCUCCUCUGCUGGGGGUCAAGCGGAGGCUCUGCAGGUCUGAUUCCAAACCUAGUGAUGACUGGAGCGGUGGGGUCUCUUGAUGAUGCAGAAUAAACAAAAUCAAAAUGAAAUCGGUGGCCGAGCAUGAGGAUCGGCCAGCUGUAUACUUGAAGCCUUACCCCUGAACACUCAUCACUGUAUGACUUUGCACGUUGGAGGCCGACAGAUCUCAAGAUGGAAGAGGAACCCAGCCUCCCCAAUGUCAGCAUACCCAGCCACGAUGAGCAGAGGGACAAGAAGAAGCGUUACACGGUUUACAAAGUGAUAGUGUCUGUUGGACCACAGGAAUGGUUCGUCUUAAGGCGAUAUGCAGAAUUUGAUAAACUCUACAACACAUUAAAAAAACAAUUUCCAUCCAUGAAUCUAAAAAUUCCUCCGAAGAGAAUAUUCGGGGACAAUUUCGACCCAGACUUCCUCAGGCAAAGAAGAGCUGGUUUACAUGAGUUCAUUAAGCGGAUCGUUUCACAUCCUCAUAUUUGUGACCAUCCAGAUGUAAAAAGUUUUCUUCUGAUGGACAGAAGGAAGCUUUCAGAUCCCUCUGAGGAUGAAGAUGACAAAAACAGCUCUACCUCAAGAAACAUUAACCUGGGUCCCUCUGGAAAUCCACACGCCAAGCCUACAGACUUUGACUUUUUAAAGGUUAUAGGAAAGGGCAGUUUUGGGAAGGUUUUCCUUGCGAAACAUAAACACGACGGAAAGUGCUACGCAGUCAAGGUUUUACAGAAAAAGUUUAUUGUCAACAGAAAAGAGCAAAAACACAUCAUGGCCGAGCGUAAUGUGCUGCUGAAGAAUGUGAAACACCCUUUUUUGGUUGGGCUCCAUUAUUCCUUCCAGACCACAGACAAGUUGUACUUCGUCUUAGACUUCAUCAAUGGAGGAGAACUUUUCUUUCAUCUUCAAAAAGAGCGGACCUUUCCAGAACCCAGAGCAAAAUUUUACAUCGCUGAAAUGGCGAGCGCACUUGGAUAUCUGCAUUCGUUAAACAUUGUUUACAGAGACUUGAAACCAGAAAAUAUCCUGCUUGACCAUGAGGGACAUAUUGUCCUGACGGACUUUGGAUUGUGCAAGGAAGGCAUUUCCCUGUCGGAUACCACCACUACAUUUUGUGGAACCCCUGAGUACUUAGCUCCAGAGGUGCUGAGGAAGCAGGCGUAUGAUAACACUGUGGACUGGUGGUGUCUGGGAUCAGUGCUGUAUGAAAUGCUCUUUGGCUUGCCCCCAUUUUAUAGCCGGGACACACAUGAGAUGUAUGAUAAUAUUCUCCACAAACCUCUGACAAAGCGACCCGGGGCGUCCAGCGCAGCCUGGUCUCUCCUUCAGGGCCUGUUAGAGAAAGACGGCAUAAAAAGACUGGGUUCUGUUGACGACUUUAAUGAGAUCAGAGCACACAGCUUUUUCUCUUCCAUCAUCUGGAAUGAUCUGGAACAGAAGAAGAUCCCUCCCCCAUUUAAACCCAGUGUGACUUCUCCUAUUGAUAUCUCAAACUUCGAUCCUGAAUUCACUGAAGAGUUGGUUCCCAACUCCAUCUGCUGGACUCAAGAACGUUCCAUCGUCACUGCCAGUGUUAUGGAGGCUGAUGAUGCCUUCGUGGGUUUCUCAUACGCCCCACCUUCUGAUGACUCGUUCCUCUAUUCCUCAUGAGGGCCUUUAGUUGCCUUAACCAUUGUAACACUUUUUGACUAAAGGGAAAAGUUUGUACAAUGAAAUGUUUCGUGUUCUGUGAUGCCAAAGCACCCAGCAGAGAAUAACGUGCACUUAAAACAGAUUUUCAUUGGAAGAAAAUCUUUAUAUUUUACCUAUUUGUAUUUAUAUAAAUACCUAUAACAGAUGCUAUAUUUUAGAAUUUUGCACCAUCUGUUCUAUCAGUUUGAUUUCAGGUUCUUUAAAAUGCCUUAACUCUGUCCUUAAUAUAAAUCAUCAAGCAAACAGAUGAAAACUUGAAAAGUUCACUGGACUUAAAUGACAGAGUUUGACUGUCGGUUGUAAAUGUUUGUCCAUAAAAAAUGAGCAUGUACCAAUAAUAUUUACUAAUCUGUAUCUACAACUUACACAAGACAACUGAAUAAAGCAGUUUGGUUCAUAGGUUAAA